UGCCGGGCCCGGCGCGGCGCGGCGCGGUCGGGUGAUGGCGGGGGCCGGGCCGGGCGCGGGGCUCGGGGGGCGGCGUGGCGCGGCGCUGGCCCUGUCCCUGUCCCUGGCCGUGGCGCUCGCCCUGGCCUCGCUGCUGCUGCUGCGGGGCGCGCUGCUGGGGGCGGCGGCGCUGGGCGCGGCGGGGGCCUGGUGCGCGAUGCGGCCCGGGCCGCCCGCGCCGCGCCCGCCCGCCAAAGCCGCCGCUAACGGAGGCCCGGCCGCCGCCUCGGGCCGGCCCGGGAGGGCCCCGCCGCGCCGCUUCGGCCUCGGGGCCUCGCCGCAGGCCCCGCGGCGCCGGUACCCGCUGCCGCAGGCCCGGAGCGCCGUGUCCGUGUGUCCGCCCGCCGCCCGCUGGGAGGGCUCCUCGCCCCGGAGCGCGCCCUGGGCCCGCCGGGCCGCGCCGCUCCGCAGCCCCGUCACCGUGAGGAUCGCCCGGCCGGCCGCCGGCAUGGCCCGAUCCCCCGCCCUGGAGCAGCUGAUCUCACCCGUGGCCUUCCCGGCCAACAGCAGCCCAGACCCAUGUGCAAAAGAGACUGUGCUGAAUGCCAUCAAAGAGAGCAGGAAAAGGGCUGUGGAGCAGGAGGAGGAGGAGGAGGAGCAGGCUUUUGGGAACAAUCAGGAGAGCAAGAGAAGGCGCCACGACAGCAGUGGCAGCGGGCACUCGGCAUUUGAGCCGCUGGUGGCCAACGGUGCCCCCGCCUCGCUCAUCCCCAAGCCUGGCUCUCUGAAGAGGGGCCUCGUCUCGCACUGCCCCGAUGAUGGCUCCAGCAAGAGGUCCCGCACCUCUUCCGUGAGCUCCCUCAACAACACAUACACUGGCGGGAUCCCCAGCUCCAUCCGCAAUGCCAUCGCCAGCUCCUACAGCUCCAGCCGCGGCCUCGUGCAGCUGCGGAAAAGAAGGGGCAUGAGCGUGUCCCCCCUGUCCAGCCCAGCGUCCUCCCGCCCCCAGACACCCGAGUGGCCUCUCAAGAAAGCCAGGGAAGAGGAGUUACAUCGCUCCAACACCUCCACGCCGGUGAAAUCGGACAAGGAGCUGCAGCCAGAGAAAGCGGUGGAGACGCCUGUGCGGAAGAAGCAGAAUUCCCUGAGUCCGCCGUCGGGGAGCAGUGGGAAGCGCAAGCGCAAGAUCCAGUUGCUGUCGUCUCGCCGGGGGGACCAGCUGGCACUGCCCCCGCCGCCGCAGCUGGGCUACACCAUCACCUCGGAGGACCUGGACGCGGAGAAGAAGGCAGCGUUGCAGUGGUUCAACAAAGUCUUGGAGGAUAAGGCUGCAGAUGUGGCCCCCAGCACCACUGCAGAGACUCCACCCGCGUCCAGGCUGCUGGUGUUCCCUGUGACCGCCCCAGGACCUGCACCGGCCUCGACGGCUCCUGCCCCGGCUGGCACCCCCUCGCUGCUGGACAGCCUGAAGAAGAUGCAGAGCAGCUCAGCCGCCCCCACGCCGGCAGAAUCUGCUGGAGCUGCGGUAGCCCCUCAGCCGCCUUCGUUGGCCGCACAGCCCCCGGUUCCUGCUGUGUCACUGGAGUCGAGCGCUCCGCCUGCCACCUCUGCCGACACCAAACCUGUGCCCGUGCUGAGCCAGGCUGCCCCUGCUGCCCCCCCUGCCAUGGGGGCGCAGACCCCCAGCAGCCUGGCACCUCCUGCCUUCCCGGAGCUGGGCCCAACCCCCAGCAAACCUCCCACCUUCCCCAAGCCGAGCAUCCUCUUUGGGAUCGCGAACACCGCUCCUGCCAGCCAGGCGGCAACGACCGCGACUGCUGCUGCGCCCACCACAACCACUGCUGCGCCCACCACAGCCCCCGUCUUCAAACCCAUCUUUGGCGCUUUGCCAAAAAGCGAGAGUGCAGCAGCCUGCACGGCUGUCGUCUCCCCUGCUGUCACCAUGUCUGCAAGCUCAGGGCCCUCCUCGACAUCCUCCACCACCACCAUGUUCAAGCCCAUCUUCGGCAGCGUCACCACCGCAGCUUCGUCUCCAGCCAAGGCCUCUCCUUUCGCCUUCAAGCCCCUGUCGCAGCCGGCCUCAGCCGCAGAGCUGCCAGCCGCCUCCACGGCCACCCUGGCAGGAUUCACAGGUCUCCCUAAUGUCAUCUUCACCACCGCAGCUACAACUGCCACCACGCAGAGUUCCUCCACAGAUGCCACCAUUAAACCUGUCUUCAGCUUUGGACUCAACCCACCCGCCUCCACCGGCCCUGUCGCCAGCCCGGCCGUCACCACUGCCACAUCCACUGCCGUGUCACAGCCUUUCCUGUUCGGCGGUGCGGCCAGCUCGGCUCCCAGCACAGAAACCACCUUUGCCACCCCGGGGCCUGUGUUCCAGUUUGGAAAGCCACCUUCGGCCACAGUCACUGCCACCACCAGUGUCCCAGGAGGCCCUGCCUUUGGCCAAGGACCUACAAACUCAGCAGCUCCUACCACCACCGUGGGCUUUAGCCUAUUUCCGGGCACCACGCUGACCUCUUCCACCCCAGCCACCACGGGUCAAGCCACGUUGACAUUUGGCUCCUCCCUUUCAGCUUUUGGCAGCUCCUUCAGCACCAGCGCGAAGCCGCCACCGCCGUACCCCAGCGCAGCGACUCAGUCGGCGUUCAGCGCCGGGGCUGCCGAGAGCCAGCCGCCCGCCAGCAAACCCGCUGCCGGCCCUGUCAGCUUUGGCCCUCCCUUCAGUUUUGGGGCCCCCACAGCCCAGCCGGCGGCUCAGCCGGCGUUUGGCAGCGGUGCUCAGCCAACCUUCGGCACAACCAGCGCCCAGGGCUCCUUCGGCACCCCCAGCACCCAGGCGGCGUUCGGCACCACCACGUCGGUCUUCUCCUUCGGGACAGCCACCUCCACCACCACCACCUUCGGUUCCACCACCCAGACCACCAGCAGCAGCAGCACUGGCACCACCGUUUUCGGCACCACCCCUUCUCCUUUCACCUUCGGGGCAGCUGCCCAGCCAGGCCCCUCUGGCAGCACCUUCGGGAUCGGCACCCCUGCCCUGAGCAGCGGCUCCCCGGCCGUGGGGUUCAGCUUUGGGGCCGGGCAGAGCGGGACAGCCCCGGCAACGACACCAUUUGGCUCUUCACUGGCGCAGAAUCAGAGCACGCCCUUCGCCUUCGCCGUGCCCAGCACGCCCGACAACAAGCCUGUGUUCGGAGGAGCCCCUGCGCCCACCUUUGGGCAGAGCACACCCGUGCCGGGGGCGGUGGGCAGCGGCGGCAGCGGCAUUUCCUUCGGGACACCCAGCACCCCGGCCUCGGCCUUUGGGGGAGUCGGCGCUUCCUUCGGUUCGUCCACCCCCGCCUUCUCCAUCGGGGCAGGCUCCAAGACGGGCGCUCGCCAGCGGCUGCAGGCGCGGAGACAACACACCCGCAAAAAGUGACCCCGGCACUGCCGGGCCCCAGCGCCGCCUGCGCCAGGAGCCCCCGCACACACCGGGGGGCUCCGAUCUGUGCGGUCCCCACGUGCUGGGUGGCAGCGACUGAGGUGGGACAGGAUGAACCAAACUCUUCUUACUUGAACAGUUCCCCAGCCGAGGCUGGAUGAACCUCUGUACAUAUCCGCAGCGUUUCCUUCCUCUCUUUAUUUUGCCAUGUUUAAUAACGUGUACAUUUUUUCCCCAUUUGCUUCUUCUAGCUGUCCCCAUGCCCUCCUCCCUGCCCCCCGACAGCCGGCAGAGCCGCGUGUUUGUGCACCGAGCUGGUCUGCGCUCCUGCCGCCGCCGUUCCCGGCUGCCGAGGGAUCCUGUCUUCACCAGGCCCUGAAAUCUUUCCCCGCUGUUGGAUCCCGUGGCCUGGUGAACGCGCUUCCCGGGAGGGCUCCGCUUGGCUGCUGUCCCUGCGGAACACGAGCCGGGCGACACAGCCAGUCUGGCGGGGCUGUGGCGUCGCGGGGCCGGGAGUGACGAUCCCCUCGCCAGGACUUAACCCCCCACCAGGCUCCAGCCGAGGACGCGCCGCAGCCUGGUGGGGCUGGGGGUUGCUGAGCAUCCCCCGGCCCUCGCUGCUCCCGUCCAGCCAUGGGGCUCCCCCCGUCCCGCUCGUGUCCAGCCCCCUCUGUUCCGCUUUAUCCGUGCUCCCGUUCGAACGCACUCAUUGAAUCGAGUUUGGAGGAAGAACUGACCCGUGUGCGUGGCGGCAUGUUGGUUAUGCCGGAUUUGCUGUUUGGAGUUUCAUUUUUUUGUGGGGGCGCCCGUCCCUUUGUGGCGACGCGCCCCGGCUAAUUGGGUGUUGACAGUAGCAUCACUGCGUGGCUGCUCGCGCGGGGGAGUCGUCCCUUCCCGGUCGUGACUGAAGGGCCGGCAGCUGUGGGGGAUGCUGCCUGGACCCCCAGUUCUGGGGCUCAGCCUUGGCAGCCCCCCCGCUUCCCCUCUCCUGGUGCCCCCUCCCCACCUAGGGGGGCUCUGAAGCAAACGGGUUCCUCCCCCUGCUCCCCAAACCCAAAUUGGUUCUCAUUUUUAGCUCAUCCUUUUGGGUUUUACCAGCUUUUCGGAGCUGCGGUGCUGCCUCCCCUGUCCCAGCCAGGGAGCGGGACCCGGGCACUGCUGGAGCUGGGGGGUCACCCAGCGCUGCCAGGAGGGCUUUGCUGCCGGGUUUUUACUCUCCAGCUGUGUGAGUGUGUGUGUCUGCUGAAGUCUAAAUUAAAAAAAAAAAAAAACAGAAAAAAAGAAAAAAAAAAAUCACAAACAAAUAUUUAAACGUUUUUUAACAAAAUAAAAAUUUAUUUUUAUAUUUAAGCUAAAUUGCCUUUGAAUUCCUUCAAGCUUGGUUCAGUGAGGUUGCCCAACCCCGCAGUGUGUUGGUAGUUGAGCUGUUGCCGCCGCGGCCGGUGAGGAGCCGCGUGUCCCGGUGCUGCCCGCGGGACGAGCUGUGCGGGGAAAGGCAGCUCCGUCCCGCGGGCUCCACCGCACCCUCCUCCCGGCUCCAUCUCCCCAGUUUUAAACUGUGAUGUAUGUGGAUGUGACUAAACCUCUUUUUGUUUCUUUUCUUUUUUUAAUUCUCCGAGGGUGAGGAGCAGGAGCUCGCAGGUGUUAUGGUGACAAGUGCUUUUGGUGGCUCCCAGAACAAGGCGUCUCUCCCCGCGGGCAGGAGGGCGGGUGAGCGGGCACAGGGGGCGCAGCCCCGCGGGCAGGGGGUGCAGGCAGGACCUGCUGCCUGUUCUCGCGGGGUUUUCAGCUUCCCCCGCGGGCAGGAACGGGGCAGCGGGCAGAGCCACCCGGCCACGUCCCUGGGUUGGUGCCGCAAGGGCUGAGCCGGGCAGUUCCUCCCUGUGCCCGGAGCCCCCGCUGUCUGUGCCGGGGGGUGACAGGGACACCGGGCAGGAGCCGCGGUUUGCACCCAGUGAGACUGGGGGAGGUGGGGACAAGGGGGGGAUGCCAUGGGGAGCAGAGCUUGGUGACGCUGCCCCAUUUUGGUGCCAGAUGCCAGCCCUGCUGCGUCCCCCUCCCCACCACACAGACCCUGCUGGGAGAGACCCUUGUGCUGGGGCUGCCAGGGUGGUUUAACUCAAACUGAAGACUUGGAUCAUUCCUGGUGUGGCUGAUGAGGAUUUCAGUGUGAAUGUGCAUUUUUUUUUUCUUGCUUCUUAUGUCCCUGGUUUAAAAUAAAACGACUGUGUUCA